UUAAACCCUGAUUUGCUGCGCGCGCUCAAGCGCACUGAGAAAGAAGGGCCGUGCUCAAUUGGGUUCUUCUAAGCCCCUUCCGGCGUUUGUGGGCAGCGUUUCUCAUUGUUGGAAUUGAAGCUGUGUUGAGGAUUUUUUUACUGAGAGGAUUUUUUGAAGAAGAAAUUGGUUAAGGUUUAGGGUGUGACUGUGCUGUUAGAGAUGGAUUUCCCAAAAGAAGAUAUGGAAGGGGUUGAGGCGAUGGAGUACCCGAGCGCUGGAUUCCAGGAAUUCGACAUGAAGGAGAGUCUGUCUGCAACACAGCUGAAGUUGAAGAAGAAGUUGGAGAAGAAGAAGAAAUCAGGGGGGUUUGAGACUUUAGGGUUAAGUCUGCCUGUGUUUCGUGCUGUGAAGCGCAAAGGGUAUAGGAUUCCCACUCCAAUCCAGAGGAAAACCUUGCCGCUUAUUCUAGCGGGUUACGAUGUGGUGGCUAUGGCCCGGACGGGGUCCGGGAAGACGGCGGCCUUUCUGAUUCCGAUGAUUGAGAAGCUGGUGGAGCAUUCGAACAACGCUGGGGCUAGAGCUGUUAUAUUGUCUCCCUCUAGAGAGCUCGCGCUACAGACAUUUAAGUUCUGUAAGGAGCUUAGCAAGUACACUGAUUUGAAGAUCGCAAUUCUGGUGGGAGGAGAUAGCAUGGAGGCGCAAUUUGAACAACUAGCAGGUAAUCCUGAUGUGAUCAUUGCAACUCCCGGACGACUUAUGCACCAUCUUUCUGAGGUUGAAGGAAUGUCACUGCGGACUGUUGAAUAUAUUGUGUUUGAUGAGGCGGACCGGCUCUUUGAGAUGGGAUUCGCUGAGCAACUUCGACAAAUCAUGUCUCAUUUAGGAGAAUCCAGACAAGUUCUCUUGUUUAGUGCGACUCUGCCACGUUUGCUAGCAGAUUUUGCCAAAGCAGGCUUAAGAGAUCCGCACUUAGUUCGUCUUGAUGUGGAAAGUAGAAUAAGCCCGGACUUGCAGCUGUCCUUUUUCACUGUUCGCCAUGACGAAAAGCCAGCUGCUCUCGUUCAUUUAGUGCGGGAAGUGAUUCCAGCUGAGCAGCAAACGAUUGUCUUUGUUGCUACUAAACAUCACGUUGAGUUUCUGUACGAGUUGCUGAAAACUGAGGGCAUCGACAUAUCCGUUGUCUAUGGUUCUAUGGACCAAGCAGCGCGUAAAAUUCACAUUGCAAAGUUUCGUGCUGGGAAGACGAAGUUGCUUCUGGUUACGGAUGUUGCAGCUCGAGGUAUUGAUAUUCCUCUUUUAGACAAUGUUAUUAACUAUGACUUCCCUCCGAAGCCCAAGCUUUUCGUUCAUAGAGUAGGACGUGCGGCUCGUGCGGGGCGAACUGGAACUUCAUACUCAUUUGUUACAUCGGAAGAGAUGCCGUAUGUUCUCGACCUACAUCUGUACCUGUCUAAAGGUAUACGCCCGGCACCGUUAGAGGAAGCUAUAGUGGCAGAUCGAGAAAAGGUGAUGGCUGACUUGGAAGCUGCCUCAAAGAGAGGAGAGACGAUUUUUGGGCGAAUGCCUCAAUCGGUACUCGACUUUGGAAUGGAUAGAUUGAGGGAGGUUAUCUCAAACAAUGAUGAUCUCAUCGGUCUUCAGAAGGCAGCGAAGAACGCAUACAAGCUUUACGUCAAGACACGGCCUCCCGCUGCUCUAGAGUCUGCUAAACGUGCGAAGGGUUUCGCUCGUGAAGGUCUUCAUCCUUCCUUGAGACAGCAAUUGCGGAACGUAGAAGCAGAAGUUGCUGCUUUUACCGAGCGGUUGAAGGCCAUCAGGCCAAGGCAGACAGUAUUGGAGGCGGAGGCUGAAGCUGCCAAGGGCAAGAAUAAAAAUGUGCCGAUCGCGCAAGUGGUGGAAAUUAUGAAGCGAAAGCGGGAGGUGCAUGAACAUGUUAUCGCUGCUGCCGCUCAACAACGUGCAGCUGCCAAAGCCUUCGAAAAGAGUCGUGAAGAUACGACUGAAGCAACAGCUGAGGAGCAGCCAACCAUGAAACGUAGGCGGAAGGGAGCGAAAGACACCAGUGAUGUCAAACAGAAGCUUAUCCCUAAAAGCUACAGAGACGAAGAGUUUUUCAUAGAGGCUGUUCCACGUAACCGGCACAUGGAGGCGGGUCUUUCGGUUCAAGGUGGUGAUGGCUUUGGUCGUAGCAGAAUGGAUACUGAAGUGCUGGACCUCAUAGCAGAUGAUGCAGCCGGGGUGCAGAAACAGAACGCUACAUACCAUUGGGAUAAGAAGAACAAGAAGUUUGUUAAACUCAACAAAGGGGAGCAAGUCACAGCUUCUGGAAAGAUCAAGACUGAAAGUGGUUCUAAGGUCAAUGCAGGCAACCAUGGCCUCUACAAGAAAUGGAAAGAGCGUUCUCAUAUGCAUGUUCCCACUCAUGGUGAAGCAGAUGACGCCCCUGGUGCUCUGGAUGGUGCACCCACUAGCAGCAGAGGCGGGAGGGGCGGGAGAGGAGGCCGUGGAUCUAGUCGUGGGGAUAGUCGUGGAAGUUUACCCAACGCCAAUGUGAAGAACGAACUUCGUGGCGUGGAGGAGGUGCGUAAAGAGAGGCAAAAGAAGGCAAUGAGAAGCGCACGAGGUGGAGGUAAGGGUGGACGCGGUGGUGGUGGUGGAAGUGGACGCGGUGGCGGUAGAGGUGGCAGCGGUGGUGGAAGAGGUGGCAGAGGUUCAUCAAGAGGUGGACGAGGUGGUGGAAGAGGGGGACGAGGGCGAAAGUAGAAAUGUAGAGAUAAGAAAUGGGCUUGGCACAAAUCCUGUGCCGCCCAAUUGAAAUGUAUGCAAACCGCAUUUAUAGGACCAAACGAGAGCAUCACGCGGGCCCUCACUUUUAUAAAAACUGACUGCUCGAGUUACCGCGGCAGGUAUUGGGGUGUAUUU